GUGAUGCAAGGGGGUAUUCUUCCUUCUCCAACUUAAAUUCUGGUAGUGUUGAUCCUGCUCUUUUGAAACCUGUUAAAAUCGAAAAGGGAAGGCGCGCUUGGUCUGUCCGGGAAGAAGAAAUAUUUCUAUCUUCGCUGAAGGAACUUGUCGCAAUUGGAUGGAAGACGGACAACGGAUUUAAAGGGGGGUAUGGAAAGAAGCUUGAGAUAGCCAUGCAACGUGAGUUCCCAGGUUGAUACUAAUGCAAGAUCUAUGAGGAAUAAGCCAUGGCCAUACUUCGACGAAUGGAAGAUAAUUUUUGGAAAAGACAGGGCCAAUGGAGAUAGUGCUGAGGGCAUAAAAAAAGCAGUGAAUGAGUUAGAUGCACAGGAGGCCAUGGGAAAUACAAAUACUUCUGGAGAGCAUAGUAUCAACGUGGACAAGGAUGAUAUCACGGGGGAGGAGAAUGAUACUGUUUCAGUCUUCCAGGAGAAGGGAACAAAGGGUUUAAAGCAGAGUGGUCGGAAAAGAAAGGGAGAUGAUUCGACAGAUCCUACCUUCCACCUGCUUAGUAAGAUGCACGCUGACACAACUGAAAGUUUGAAGAGUGUGUCAUCAAGGAUAGGGUACGAGAUUGACCUAAGCAACAAACGAACAAAUAUUGUCAAGAUUUUGGGAGGCAUACCAGGUCUAGCCCAAAGAGAUAAAUUUGAGGCAAUUCGCAUCCUACUUGAGAAACAGGAGCAUCUUGAUGUUGUCUUUGCCUUGCCUGAAUUUGAACUCCUCGACUACAUUACCUACAUUCUCGAUGUUUUUCAGAAUAAAUGAA